AGAAACUAUAAAGGUUGCCUGACGAGUCAAGAGGGAGAAGGAGAAGAGAUUGAACCAUGAGAGAGAACCUUGCCACUGUGUCAUUCCAAAACAUGGCGUCCACCGACUGCAUGAAACCCAGCGACCUGCCCACAGAGAAGAAGGGAAUGAAGAGGAGAAACUGGAGAAACAGAAUAGGAUUUCUCUUGAAGUCAAACAAUUCCCAUUCGAUACUCCAUCUAAUGAGAAACAGAACGUACAGGCCAACUGCUGAUGACGUAAACCAAUGGGCACAGUCACUCGACACACUCCUCAGUCAUAAAUAUGGGAAAGCAGCCUUUUGUAUCUUCCUGAAGUCUGAGUUCUGCGAGGAGAACAUUGAGUUUUGGACAGCCUGCGAGGACUUCAAGAACCACAAAUCGCACAAAGAGAUGGUCUCCAAGGCCAACAGCAUUUACGAGGAGUUCAUUAAAAACGAAGCUCCCAAAGAGAUAAACCUGGACUUCCACACCAAAAAUGCCAUCAUACAGAGCCUCCAUGAGCCCACUGUGACUAGCUUCUUGGCAGCUCAGAGGAAAGUCUACAGCCUGAUGGAGAACAACUCCUACCCCAGGUUUAUCCACUCCGACCUCUACAAAGAACUGUGUGACGCCGCCAGGAGAGAGGGCAAAGCACACUGAGUCCGCCCGGUCCUGAAGUCAUUUGUUUACUGCUGCGACUGUGUGAAUAGACCACUGAUGAUGUUCAUUCCAAGCACCGCCUCGGGGAUAAUAGACCCCGAAUGCAAAUCCGCGAGCAUAAACAUUACCGGCGAGGGUGGAAAAUGCAAAACUGAAGCCGUUUUUUAUUCCGUUCUGCUGAGAGCUUUCAACAAUGAAGCUGGGAUGAUUAGACUGGGUGCUAUAUGCUGCUGCAGGCAGCACACAGAGCAUUUCCACCAGAUAGGACUGAGGUUACAUUUUCUUCACUUGGCCUUUACCUGCAUUUUCUUCACCACGCUGUUAGAAUUUGGUAUUCUUAGCAACGAUGCAGUUCAAGAAAAUCUGUUGUAGUGCAAAUGCAUUCAACACAAAUAAGACUGUCCACGUCUUGCCGACGAUGCUGUUUGAAUGUCUGUUGUGUGCCGAUGUCCACUUGAAGACUUGUUUUGUUCUGUUUACGCAACAAAGUGCAAUUUUAAUUUAUAUGACAAAAUUCACAUUUUCACCGAAGACUGUAUUUGGUUUGAAAUCACUGUGAGAAUGUUAUGUAUUGUAAAUAUUGUGACACCGAACAUGCUGAAUGUAAAUUUAUGUUUUAGGGCAGCUGGACUGCUCGAGAAAUAAAAAAUGUAAUCUUCAAUGCUGAAA